AGGCGGGGGGGUAGUGGGGCCGGGCAGGCUGCCUGCUCCCUGGAUCCCUCUUCAAUAGCCACCGCUGGGUCUUUGGGAGGUACAAAGAGUCCCUGUGCCGCCUCCGCGCGCCCUCGGACGGAGCUGGCAGCCGGCUCCAGCCACCGAGCCGUGAUAUCCCCUGCCCAGAGCAGCAUCUCCACCUCCUCUGCCUUCUCCCUCCCUCCGCGCUCCUUCCCUCCCUCCUCUUCCUCCUCCUCCUCCCGCAGCCACGAUCCGCACCCAGUCGGAGCUGUGCUUGGCACCGGCACCCACUUCUCCCAUCGUGUGCCCAGCGGCUGGCGGUGCUGUGCCGCGCCGUGCCGUGGAGGAGGAGGAGCGGAGCAGCGGCAGCGCUCCCAUCUCCGCGGGUGCGGGCGAGUGCGCGGGCGGGCGCACAGCCCCCAUGCCCGGUGGGCGCCCCGCCGCCUGCAGCCCGCCCCCCCCCCCCGCCGGGGAGCAUCCCGCCAGCACUUCGCCGCGGAGGCACCGUCGGCCCUUGGGAUUAAAACACUCACCGCGCUGGCAGCCGAGGGAGAGGGGGAGCAGGUACCCAUUACACCAUUUCUUUGGUGAAGGCUAUUCAGCAGUGCUGACGUCUUCCAAUUGACCACUCUGCAAAUUAUUAUCUCUGGACUCCCAGCUGACACCCUGCCGGAGGCUAGAGCUACUGAGACAACUGGAAUUGUGCCUGCUUUGGUCAAGGUUUUUUCUUUCACGGAGGAAAAAAACCCAGAAAAGAUGAAGUUGGGCAAAGUGGAGUUUUGCCAUUUUCUUCAGAUACUAGCUCUUUUCCUGUGUCUUUCUGGGAUGAAUCAAGCAGAGCUCACAAGGUCCAGGUCAAAGCCCUAUUUUCAAUCAGGGAGGACGAGAACCAAACGCAGCUGGGUGUGGAAUCAAUUCUUUGUGCUGGAAGAAUACAUGGGUACAGACCCACUCUACGUAGGAAAGCUUCACUCUGAUGUUGAUAAAGGCGAUGGUUCCAUCAAAUACAUCUUGUCAGGCGAAGGGGCGAGUUCCAUUUUCAUUAUUGAUGAGAACACGGGGGAUAUUCAUGCUACAAAGAGGCUGGAUCGAGAAGAGCAGGCCUACUACACGCUCCGAGCACAAGCACUAGAUAGGCUGACUAAUAAACCCGUGGAGCCAGAGUCUGAGUUCGUCAUUAAGAUUCAGGACAUCAAUGACAAUGAGCCAAAAUUUCUGGAUGGUCCCUACACUGCUGGAGUUCCUGAGAUGUCUCCUGUGGGUACUUCUGUGGUUCAAGUGACAGCCACUGAUGCGGAUGAUCCUACUUAUGGCAACAGUGCUCGAGUGGUUUACAGCAUAUUGCAAGGACAGCCUUACUUCUCUGUGGAGCCCAAAACAGGUGUUAUCAAGACUGCUCUUCCGAAUAUGGACAGAGAAGCCAAAGACCAGUACCUCUUAGUUAUCCAAGCAAAGGACAUGGUUGGGCAGAAUGGUGGAUUGUCAGGGACUACAUCUGUGACUGUCACCCUGACUGAUGUUAACGACAACCCGCCCCGCUUUCCACGCAGAUCAUAUCAGUAUAAUGUCCCAGAGUCUUUGCCAGUGGCUUCUGUGGUAGCCAGAAUAAAAGCUGCAGAUGCAGAUGUUGGACCUAAUGCAGAAAUGGAGUACAAGAUUGUGGAUGGUGAUGGUUUGGGAGUAUUCAAAAUUUCUGUUGACAAAGACACCCAGGAGGGAAUCAUAACCAUUCAGAAGGAGCUGGAUUUUGAAGCUAAGACAAGCUAUACUUUGAGGAUAGAAGCAGCCAAUAUGCAUGUUGACCCUCGUUUCCUGAGUCUGGGACCCUUCAGUGAUAUGACAACAGUGAAGAUAAUUGUAGAAGAUGUUGAUGAGCCACCUGUGUUUACUUCACGUUUGUACUCCAUGGUGGUGUCUGAAGCAGCAAAGGUUGGCACUAUCAUUGGAACCGUAGCCGCCCAUGAUCCAGAUGCCUCAAAUAGUCCUGUCAGGUAUUCGAUAGAUCGAAACACAGACCUGGAGAGGUAUUUCAAUAUUGAUGCCAACAGUGGAGUCAUUACAACUGCCAAGUCUUUGGACAGGGAAACGAAUGCUGUUCAUAAUAUCACAGUUUUGGCCAUGGAAAGUCAGAAUCCAGCACAGAUUGGGAGAGGCUAUGUAGCCAUCACUAUCCUUGACAUCAAUGACAAUGCCCCUGAGUUUGCCAUGGAGUAUGAGACAACUGUCUGUGAAAAUGCUCAGCCUGGUCAGGUGAUCCAAAAAAUUAGUGCAAUUGAUAAGGAUGAUCCACCAAACGGCCAUCAGUUCUAUUUCAGUUUAACAGCAGAGGCAGCAAAUAACCACAAUUUUACAUUGCAGGACAACAAAGAUAAUACUGCGACAGUAUUAACCAAAAGAAACGGGUUUCGGAGACAGGAACAGUCUGUUUUCUACUUGCCAAUAUUCAUAGUGGACAGUGGAUCACCUUCACUUAGUAGCACUAAUACUCUCACCAUCAGGGUCUGUGAUUGUGAUGCAGAUGGUAUUGCUCAGACGUGCAAUGCAGAAGCAUAUAUCUUGCCUGCAGGACUUAGCACUGGAGCCCUGAUAGCAAUAUUGGCUUGUGUCUUGACACUGCUAGUUCUUGUCUUGCUGAUUGUCACCAUGAGGCGACGGAAAAAAGAGCCCCUCAUUUUUGAUGAAGAGAGAGAUAUCAGAGAAAACAUUGUCAGGUACGAUGAUGAGGGUGGUGGAGAAGAAGACACAGAGGCUUUUGAUAUGGCUGCCUUGAGGAACCUCAACAUCAUGCGAGACACCAAGACCAGAAGGGAUGUGACACCUGAGAUUCAGUUCUUGAGCAGACCAACUUUUAAAAGCAUCCCAGAUAAUGUCAUUUUUAGGGAAUUUAUCUGGGAAAGACUAAAGGAAGCUGACGUGGACCCCUGCGCGCCACCCUACGACUCCCUGCAGACAUACGCGUUUGAGGGGAACGGCUCGGUGGCAGAGUCGCUCAGUUCUUUAGAUUCCAUCAGCUCAAACUCUGACCAGAACUAUGAUUACCUCAGUGACUGGGGCCCUCGUUUUAAAAGGCUUGCAGAUAUGUAUGGGACUGGACCAGACUGCUUAUACUCCUAGCCUUGGAACCUUUCUCUGAAAAUGCACUGAAGAAUAUUAAAACAGAAAACUCAACCUUACAGACUGAGGAAAGUUGUAAAUAUUUCUCCAUUUUUAAAAUUUUAGGUUGUUUCUUUUUUUUGCCUUGGUGGAACAUAUCUUCAUUAGACUUGUCCUAGGGACUGCACUGACCACACAAAAUAUGAGCAUUUGGUGGCAUUUUUGAUAAAAUGAAAUGCUCAGCCACGUUCAAAUAGAUAGCAACCCUCAAAUACCUGCAGAGGCAACUCACUUUCAAGAGUAUGCAGUCCCUUCAGCGAGCUGGUGAUACUCUGUAGAUGCCUUCACAGUAUUGCUAUAUUGAGAGUACAGAGUCUCUUGUUUAAGAAGAAAUAAACUUUCAAGUAUAUAACUCAACACAAUAUUACAAUACAUGGUAUUUACACAUGCAAGGGUUUUUUUAGCAAAUUUUCUUUACAGUGGGCAUACAGCUUACUAGAACAAAAGCAGAAGGACUGAUGAAAACAAACAGAAACCCAGGAAGUAUUUUUUUUGUGUUUCUCCAUUUGUUCUCAGAGCUAUUUAAUUAGAAGGCUGUAAUUUUCUGAGUAGUUUUUGAGAAAUUAUUGUUUGUACUGAGAAAUUCCACAGUGUUUGUCAUCAACUUAUGAAGUAGCUUAAAAUCCACAUAAAAUGAGAAAUAUGGAGGUGUAGUCUUAUGCCUGGGAAGUUUUGUGAUGCCCAUGUAGGUAUAGAAAAGGUGUUGCUAUCUAUUUGCUAUUUUUUUAUUCUGUCUUCUGAUUUGUACAGGAGAAUUUAUCCUUUUUUAUUAUUGUUUGACAUAAAGUAUUAUAUUUAUUUUGGAGCUCGAAUCUCCACUAAAUUCAGGUCCAUUUUACUGCCUUAUGGUUUUAGACUUGUCAGAACAUGCUGAUUUUUCUCCAUUCUCAGAUAAAUGUAGGAAAUGAAGCAUGGAAGUGGAGAAAUUACAGUAAACAAUGCCACCCACCAUUCAUCCCACAGAAAGGAGAGCAGCUCCAAGGAUGUGCAGUUGUUCUUCUGAGCCAUUACAAAGUCUGAGACAUUUAAAGAAAAUAUUUGUACAUUGAAUUUUUUGAAAGAAGACUGCAGAGGUAGCUAGGAGUGUCUUCAAGGCAAGAUUUAGUUUUCAAGUUUAAACACGCUGUAUUCUUCAAAGACUGUAAACACCUUGCUUUUCUUCUUCCCCUUCUCUUUUGCUGCUGAUGAAUCACAGCAAAAGAUUUUUAAAUUUCUUUCUUGUGUUAAGCAAUGUAGUACUAUUAACUUCAGAAGUCGUCUUUAGAUCUUGCUGCACAUAAGUAUUUUUUCCCCAAGGUGUUAACUCACUACACAUAAUUUCUAUGCUGGUUCAGGAGUGCCAAAACAGAAGGACAACUAUUGUUGGUUAAUAUACUGUAUGGUUUUGAAGUAGGAUUUCUUAGAAUAAGACAACUUUUUUAUGAUUCUGACAAUAUUUAUACUUCAUCUUUCAUGAUUUGUUACUAGAUAAUAAGGCAUAUAUUCAAGUAAAAUAGUGGGUUUAAGUAUUAUUUCAGACUUUUUUUUGUUUGUUUUAGAUAAAAUGUAGAUGAGUUUCUAAAUUAGAGUCUGUUCCUGCAAAAUUUUUGCUUGUAUUUAACUUGAGAUGACUUGACCUACCUGCAUUUACUGAGAGGUACACAGAAUUGUUUGCAGAACUGUUUGUUAACAGAAGGUACUCCGCAGAGGAUGGUGCUCACACUUAAAGUACUUCUUUCUGAGAGAAGGAUCCUUGUACUGAAAUCCUAGUGUAUGACUGAUGUGAGGCUGGGGGAUGGGAAAUUAUCAUUAAGGCUUUGUAAUUUUUGCAGCCCAGCAUUAUCAAUUAACUAUGUGAAAGUGGCCUUCAGCUCCAUCAGAGAAGAAAAAUAAUUUUAAUCAUCUACAACAUACUUAAUUUGAGUCACAUUUUAAUAGACAAUCAUUAUUUCAUAAUUCAGUAGAUUUGCUUCUAGUUGUAUUAAAUAUAUAUAUAUAGGCAUAUAUAUAUAUAUGACAGAUUUUGUAAUGGAACUGAAAGAUAUCGUCCAUGACUUUUAGUCAUACAUGUAAGAUUUUCAAUAAAAAAUUAAAAAAUACAAAAAAAAAAAGAGCCAUGUGUAUACGGUUUAAUGAGAGCAAGAUAUGCUGCAGAAUUUAAGCAGGUAUUAAAUCAGCAAGGUUCUGAGAGAACAGUUUUUCAUUAAUCUCCUUGUUGUUUGUGGGAAGAUAAUUCAUGCAUCUGGAUUAAGAUGUCAAAAAUGCUGAUUUUAGCGCAUAACAGUUGCAGGAGAUUUAAAUGUGGUUUAGAGUAAACAGCCCAAAUUACUCCUUUUCCACCUUCUGUAUCUGUAAAAAAACCCAAAAAGCUCCACUAUUCGGAAACUAUGUUACAGUGGGGGCUUUUUUGGUGUGCUUUCUGUGGUAAAAAAUAUCCUUUAUUCUGCUACCAUAGAAACUCUUGCAUAUGUAUGUUUUCUGUUGCACAGUUCUAAUUUAGUGAAGUUUGCUGUUACACUCUACAUGCUUGCCUCCUGCUUGCCUACUGCUUGCAGUAAGAAAGAAAGGUGGAAAGGUAGAACUCCCUUAGGUUCGAUGGCAGACAUUACUAUAGCAUAAGGGUGUGUAUAAUACACGUACUAUAUAAUGCUCACCAAAAAUUACCUCGACUAUAAGUUUUGCAGUUUGUAAUCUAAUUCAAAUUCUUUCUCUCAGUCUUAUUUAUGUUGCAUAGGUGGAUGGCAUAAAGUAUAUUCUACUGACUAAAUGUAAGAAAUAUUUUCUCUGUCCUGGAAAAGUAAUGAAAUUAUUUGGGCAAAUUAAUUAAAACAGCCCUUUAAAAAGACUUCCAAUCAUAUUUAUUUAUUUAACUUUCUGAAAAGCUUCAGUAUCUAACUAGAGGCCAUAAAUCCUAGAUAAAAAAAUGUAUCAAACAUUGCAAUCACUCCCAUCUUGCAGUGGAAUAACAUGUCUUUCCUUUCACUAUAUGCCAGUUUAAUAGUUUUAUUUUAAAUUGAGAUUUCCAAGAAUAUUGAAAAAUGCUCAGCUUCAAGAGUGCUACUAAAAUACCCCUACAUAAAAUUAAGCUGUUUGAAGAACACUUAAGGUAAAGACUUUUUACUCUCUUUGGACCAGUAUGAAAUAUACUGAAUUCAACAGAGUCAAACAAUGGAGAUUCUGGCUUACAUUUCUUAUUCAAAAGAAUAAACUUAGUGUACUUACUCUAGGUUAUAUUCCCACUAAGACAUAGCACAGGCCUUACUAAGCCUUCUAGUUCUGAUAGAUGCGUAAUAUAAUCACUGUAGGACUCAUGAAAUUUGAUGCUACCAAGUCAAACUGCUCCUACUCUCUAAGAAUUAACAGAGAAAAAAACCCAACUUUGUUUUUACUCUUUCUUUUAUUUGUUGUUUUGAAAGGGAGUGGUAGAAUUCAUCACAAUGUUCCUUUUCAGUUAAAGUCUCUUCUCAAUUACUUUUCCUGUUUACCCUUCAGGUGCUAGCAAUAAUUAAUAAAAAAUAUUUCCUGUCCUUUUUUCUUUUUAGACAUUCUGCAUGAAAGCACGUUAUGAAAUAUAAAAUGGCAGCAUCUUAUUUUUAUGGACAAAUACUCUUGUAUGAUAUAAAGAAAAGUCAUAGUUUGUCAUUCUGAAAAGGAAAUAAAUACACUAUAAAGCAUACAAUUACAUUGAUUUUUAAGAUCCUUAAAGAGUUGAAAGGUGAACACAAUUAACUAUAUCAAAUCUAGUAUUAAAUUCUUGAUUGCAAUCUGUCAUGUAACUGAUUUUAAUUUUUUAUGUAUAGAAUUUUUGUCUACUUUAGAAUCUAUGUAGAGUAAUACUGCUUUGAGACAUCAUUGUAUUCGCCUCAUUAGUGACAGAAGGGGUCAUCUAUAUUUUUAUUGGUCUCUGACUGUAAAAGUGAAUUGCUAAAGAUAGAAAUGUCGCUUUAUUUAUUUGACAGAAAUGGGAAAGUCUACAAGACACCAAGACAUCUACAAAUUUCUGUCUUAACUAUGGCAUCCCUAAGUUUACCAGAUCUACAUUUAAGUUUGCCAGAUACAUCCUAAGAUAUGUUUUCACCCUAGAAUGAUUUCUUCUACACCAAGAAUUCUUUCUCAGUUCAUUUUUAAUGCAGCUAAAAAUGUAUUUAAUUGUUCACUGAUUUUUAUAAAUUUCUUCCUUAACUGUUGUUCUUUGAACUAGGGGAAUCUCAGCAUACAAUAUGAUCUAUUUUCUAGAAGGUAAUGAAAAAAAAGAUCUACAUAUAAUAGGCUAUACUUUGUUACUAUAAUUUACAUUUUCUCACAAAAGAAAGAAAAAAUCUUUCCCUAUGGUACAUAAAAUCUGCAUACAUUAGACCACACAAUUGCAUACAGAAAUAUAUUCGUUGAAAAAACUUGAUUUAUCUCAUCAUUAUAUGACACAGGAUUGUAAUGGAAUCUUUAUAUGGAGCCUUAUAUAUCUAAUCAAACACAAUGAAAGAAGAAAUCAGCAUAAAAAUUUUCUGAAAUCAGAAGAAAAUCUCCUUUGAAGCCACAGUGGUGUGUUGCAUACAGUCCUCAGAUGUGAACACGUAUUUUCUACAAUUAUAUGUACAUUUAAACAUUCCACUCCUAAACCAUUUCUUUUAAAAUACCUUUUUUUAAUCAGAGGGUAUCUGGAAAAAAGUAAUCCUACUCUCAAAAACUUUGUUUAUCCCCAUCAAUGACUGAGGUAGAAAAAUAUAAUUAAGGCUCAGGCAAAACUUUUAACAUUGCCCCCAUGAUGAAAGCAAAUUGGUUUCAUAUUUUGACCCAAAGUAGUUUAAAAGCUGUUAGAAGUGUGGCAAGGACUGUGAUUUCCAUGAAUUUUUUUAAGACAUGGUAUCAGAUUGAAAUUCCUAUUCCUAGAAAUGGUGUAAAGUUGAGUUUAAUAUUUGGAUGAUUAACUGAGGUCAUAAACCUUUUGUGCAGCAUAACAGCAAGCUGAAUGCUGAACCACUACUGAAAAAAAAUCAAGGAUUUUACUUUCUCCUUCUAUUCACCAGUAUCUUGGUCAAAGUCAGAAUUUCUUUUCACUGUAUACCAAAGUAAAAUCAUUCUGAGUCUAAGCUGAACACAGUAGGAAAUUAAAUCCUGUCUCUUCUUCACAUAGGCUAAAAGACCAUUUACCUUGUCAUUCUAUUCAAAUAUUUUUGUCUGAUAAUGUCUUGACUGCCUAGGUCAUUCUACCUGAGACCUGUGAAGUUGAUGUGGUUUGGGGGUUUUGUGGGGGUGAGGUUUGGUUGUUUAUGUUUUUGUUAAUGUUAAAAUGGGUAUUCUUGCUGAAUUGCUUAUGUUUGAAUGAGCUGACCUUUUUCAUUGAAUUUUUUGGGUUUCCUUUUCUUUGGUCAAAACCAUACUGGCCAUGUAUAUCCUGACUUUUUCUCUAUUUUGACUCCAAACCCACCUUUUUCUGUACUGUUAAGAGCACAAUAGAAAGUCCUGAGGUGUUCCCUCUCUUUGGUGUCAAGAAACUAUGAAGAAAAAGGUAAACAUAGGAUCAAUAGACUGCAGUGAAACUAAUCUGUCAUUUUCUUGAAACACAAGCUCACAAAUUCCAUAGUUGAGCUGCCAUUAACACCAUUCAAAUCAAGACAUUGAUUUAAUUUUAAAUCUUUAUAAUGUUCUGGUACUACUAUCAGCAAUUUUUAUACAUUUUAUGAAAUCGCAUUUUAAAAUUGUCAAGGUUUCAUCAUUAUUAUUUAUAUCACGAUCUUGAUGCACAGAAGAAGGAAAAAUUACGAAGUAAAACAGCCCAAGUACAAAAUGCCCCUAUGUGCACUGACAUUUAGUGCAGCAUUUUAAUUACUGCUCUGCCUUAGUAUUCCUCAUAUGCUGAUAGCUUUUCCUCUCUUUGAGGCUAACUACUGAUAAAUUAAGAUAGUGUGAUUUCGAGCCAGAUAUUCAAGCCACAUUAGACCCUUUGAGUCUAACAAGAAUAUUCAGUCUGAAUUUUAAUGUCCUUCUAUUUCCUUAAUGAUCAGACAUUCUCUAUUAUUAUCAUCAGAGUGUUGAAAUUUUAUGGAAAAAGAAGUGUUUACUGAUUCACCUAAAAAAUGCUAGGCAAAAUCUUGAUCAUGUUGAAGUACUUGGCAGAUCUCCCUAUGGCUUUCAAGAGGUGUCAAGAUUUAUACAUUGGUAGGGGAGACAGAUAAAUGAUCACUUACAUCAUCAAGAUGGGAGAUUGUUGCUUUGAGCUGGAUACCUUUUCUUUUUACACAAUCUCUUCUACUGACUUUCCCAUUUUGGAAGACACAAUCUCUUUCUUUUAAUGGUAAUGUAAAUAGCUUAAUAGGAUGUUUUUAAUGGCAUAAGCUACUUACUAUCAGCAUAGUACACAUAAUCUUGCUGUAAUGAAUAUUACCCUUGCUUAUAAAGAUAAUUUCUGUUCACAUGCUAAAUAGAGAGACUGUUAGGAAAUGUUUACAUUUGAUGAAGUACCAAUGGUAAAAUACUGCCUGGAGAAGAAGCCAAAACCAAAGCAAAACACAAACAACGGUUUCUCCUUAAAAUAAAAAACACACAGAAUUUCCAGGCUAUCAAAAUUAAAUAUCUUAUACUUUCCUCAGACUGUGGGACCAUAUGUAGCUUUACUGACUCCUAUGACUGUAGGUACAAUCCAAAUUAACUAUAAUUUUCUUGUUUUCAAAUAUGUUGUCUUGUUGAUUCUUGAGAUUUUGUUAACAUAGAAAAGGGCUGUAUCAAAAAAAAGGUUAAAAGUAUCAAGCUUUUUCUGGUGUUUUUAGUGUUUCAUAGAUGAUCUAAUGAUGUGAAAAAUAGUGUUUUACCAGAUGCUAUCUGAAUACAAUUUCCUCUGAGCUAAUAAUAUUUCCACCCUGUGGAACAAUAUCUUCCAACAGUCUGCAAUGUUUAGCCUGGCCUCAUCUCAUUCAAAUAUAAAGAAAGAGGUAUUAAGGGGAGAGAGUAAACACUUAAGUGAUAAGCUUUAUAAGAAAUCUUCAGUUAGUCAAAACAUUAAGUUUUCCUGUUUUAUGUGUGAGGAACACAUGAAUGGAGCUCUCAUAGGACAUACAGCUUGUUGAUGCAGCUAUUGAUUCUGUCUGGAUAUUUGUUCAUGUUUUUUCCCCUUCAGUUUCUAGUAGUUUGUGACUUGAUUUAUCUUUCAGUGUAAGUUAGUAUAUGAUAACAUAAUAAAAUAAUAUGAAAAAUUGAUACUUCAAAACAGCUGAUCAUGAAAAAUAGGUUAAUAUAGUAUGUUUGACAUAUUUUUUUUUACUGCAGCUUAGCACAGGUCAAUAUACUUUAUUGGGACUCAGAGAUUAAUGUAGGCCAACUUGGCUCAUGCACAAAGCACUCCCAUGAAGGAAUUUAAAUUCAAAUAGCUACUACGAAAUGUGGAGUUAUUUAAAUAUUCAAAAGCCACUGUUCCUUGGAAAUAAGCAGAGGUAACCAACAAUCCAUAAUUCUUGUCCUUCUGGGGAUGGAUAGAUAUAUUCAGAGAAGACAAAAAGGGCAAGCUCUUCAAAUUUAACACCUGUAGUGAAUAUGCAUGAAAAUCCAAUUGACUACUACUGAAAGCAGGAUAGAAGCACAGGAGGCAUGUCAGUGGCAUUCUUUCUAAUCAGUCUAAUUUAGCCAAUUAUCGUCAUCUCUAUUAAGAGUUGUCUUACUUUAGUUUGGGCUUGAUGUACUACAAAAAACACAACUUCAGAAACUGAAAAGGUUUACGUUGCCUUCUGGUCAAUUUUGCAUUCAUGAAGAGGUAAAGCAAAUACAGACCAAAGCUGUGGCCAGCUGGCUGUCUGGCAGUCUGGCCUCACCUACAAUAUAGGUAAGACUGAUGGUAUGGCUGAACCACUACUGAAAAAAAAUCAAGGAUUUUACUUUCUCCUUCUAUUCACCAGUAUCUUGGUCAAAGUCAGAAUGUCACACGAAAGGGAAGAUUUCCUUAAACCCCUUGUGCUUGACUUGUGUGUCAGGACCUCAGGAAAGCCAAGACACUUGGGCCUGAUCAGUUUGCCAGUAUCCCAUUAUGGGGACUCUCCACGGAGCAGUCCACUGGAAUGGAGGGCAGUUCAACUGUUCAAGCACACACAGCAGUAGUGUAAGAGAGACCCCCUCCCAGGUGUGUGGUCGAGUGUGUUACCCACUGCUGGUGACUGCCAGCGCCCUUGAAGGACUCACACAAAGAAUUUGCAGAAUAACACUAUUAGUAUAAUAGAAAAUUGUGACAGGUUAAGGUCCAAAGGUUGCUGGUGAUAGUAACUGACUGCAAAAUCUUAUUCAAAGCAAUAUAUGGAUAAGCUCUGAUCCCUAGCAAAAGUUAGCUAGAGAUAAUAAUUCAGUGUGCAGAGAGCAUGAUUCUUACCUGAUAGAUGUCCCCAUGGGGGGAAGAUAUGUUAAGCUUGUCAACUGAUCCCCGAAGUUAUCAUGGAGUCUUCCCUAACUUCUCCCCAUUCUUAACUUACUUGUAUAAUAAUACUUCCUUGUGUCUAGUAGAGCUUGAGUGACUCUAGGCAUACGUCAUGCUCAGAGAAGGGUGCCCAUACCUUGGAGGCAGGCAGCUUUGGGAUGGAGGUGUUGAUCAGUAUUACAUCUGAGGUAACCUUGGGAUGGGGAUGGGCAUCAGUAUUAUAUCUGAGGAGAGUGAUUUCUCCCUGGUUUCUGGUUCAACAGCAAGACAGCUCUUUUUAUCUCCCUUGGUAGGCAGCUAAUAUGUGGCUUAUCAGCUAAAAAGUAUCACUGAGUUCCCUCCUCUGCAAGGAUUUCAACAGAGCUUGGUCAUUGUUUCUCCACUCUGCUCCACUCAGCUUCAUCCCCCCCUUAGCAUAUAUUGUGUGUGGGAAGUCGGGCAUGUUGACCACAUUCCAUCCAAGGAACAGCAUUUUCCCCCCUAUAAUUUCUGUACUGUUAUAACUUCCCUGUUUUCUUUAUUUUUAACCCUCAGUCUUUUCCCUACAAUGAAUGACUAUGUCUUGCUGCCUCACUCUUCAUCCUUCCACCGCUCAUCGCUUUCUCUAGCUGGAAUUUCCUAGAGGAGAGUUGUAACUUAGUGAAUUUUCUCUGGACUCAUACCACUUACCACAGAUGUUGAUUAAACCUUAAAAACAGAACAGCAAUACUAAUGUUACUCUUACUACUAACACAGUGACACUGUCAAAACCAGACAUUGUUGGUCUUGGAAUCAGAAUAUCAAGUUAUCUGCCCAGGUUUGUCAGUGAUCUGAUCUGUGGCACUGAUUGAUCCAUCUUUGUCAUCUGUUGAUAAAAAGACCUGAAGAGGAACAGGAACAAUACUUUGGAGAAUGAAAAUAAUAUGGUGAUGUUCAUGUAACAGUUUGAUUUGUUUUUGUUAGUUUAUUUCAUUCCUGCCAUAAGUCUGGAGUAAACUAUUCCCUAGCUAAUGACAGCAACAAUGUCAUUUCAAUGCUGUAUGUAGGAAGGCAAGGAAGCUUCAGAAAACAACAAGCAGUCCUGAAAAUUAGUUGGCAUUAAGAAGGCAUACAAAUGAAAUGUGAUAGUCAUACCAGUGUGAUGGAAUGCUGUAGGAAAAAAAGCCAAAACCCACAAAAUGGCUUCCAAUACUUUAAUUUCAUACAUUUUAUGAUUCAUAUAGUUUCAAAGAAAAAGACAUUAAAUUAAUUUUCUUAGCCAUUCUGUCUUUGAAGUAAGCAUUCUCUCAAAUCUGCAAUGAAACAGUGGCAUACAAAUAUUUUGGAGGCCUAGUAUACUUUGUACUGAAGUAAAAGGAAGUUUCCUAGCCUUCCACUGAGUAUAUACAAGGAGACAAAGACAAAUACUUUAUUGAUGUUUUAAUGUGAAAGAAGACAUACUUGCAAGUAACCAGAAAGGUUUUGAGAAUGUAUUUUCUCCUCAGCUAACUUACUUCAACAGCUGAAGCUUGUUAAUACCCAAUCUAAAGUAAAACAUCUUUCUUUAAAACCUUAUGGUUUAACUAAUAUGAGACUAAAAAAUGAAAACUUUAUUGACAUCGAAGCUCCAUCUGAGGAGGGAUAACUAAUUUGUCUUGCUUGCCAUUCAAUCAUAAGAAAACCCAAUGUCUUUGUAAAUUUGAAAGUCUGUCCUUUCUUUGGAAAUUAGAAAUUAAAGAAAUUAAAAGCUCUCUCACAAGUUUUAUUGGCAAAGCAGUGUGUGAGAAAAGCUAAUGGCCUUGAACAGACUACCUUGCCAAAUGAUAUCUCCAAGAUUAAUCUGCCAUGUGUCUAAGGAAUCAUCAGGUUAGAAAACCAAAAUCACUGCUCUGUUAGAAAACCCAGGUGGAGGCAGUUCAGGUAAGCUUUUAUCAACCUCAGUAGAAAAACCGGUUUUUGUCUAUCACUUUAUCUCUGUUAUUUGUUGGUGUAUGGAAGUUAUAGAAACCAAUUGAUACAGAAAAAAAUUUCAACAUUAUUAGAUUUAAAAGUGACCAUGCUGUCCAAAACUAAUGUGUGAAAUAAUUCAUCAAGAUUCAGGCCAAUAAAUCUGGACUGCUUAUAUUUUUUCUGAGUGAAUUAUAAAGGAUGCCAAUACUCUGACAGCAAAAUUAUUUUCUGAACUAAAUGAGAUCUCGUGGAACAUGUGUUCUACUGUUUGCUUUCAACAUGCUUAAGAGAAAAAGAAAACCAAAACACAGAGAAGCAUAAGACAUGAGUUCAAAGUUCUCAAAGAGGAUUUUUUGUAAAUACAGUAGUUGUUUUAUUUGUCUUCCAGUAGCUCAGAAUUUGUGCAAUAUAGUGGCAAUUAUUUGGUACUAUAUUUUGUACCAGAGCAGCAGUGAACUGACCCAGAGGACAACAUAGUUUUUAGCAUAUUCAGCCUGAGAAUGAGGCCAGUUCAGGAUUUUAGAGGUAUUUAGGCACAUGACCAAUGACAGUGUGGCAGCUAAAGACCUCUUAAGGGUGAUGAUCAGAGCUGUACCCUCAUCUUCCAAAUUCCCCAGAGACCAGAUGUCUGAGGACAACAUCCUUCAGACAGUGGAAUGUGACAAAAGUCUCUACCUUAGGAAAUCUAGCUAUAGGAGAAAAAAGAGUCAUAAAUAAGUUUCAUCUUUCGAUGUUUUCUUAUUGUAUUGAAAGUGAUCUUUCCAGUCUUUUAUCUACAGAUAACCAAAGCAUCGUAUGAACCUUUAUCUGCACAAUUCCCAUUAAAAGUCUGUAAGCUUA